AUGGAUCCAGUUAGCCAACAACCAUCACCAAAAACAUGUGAUGAUUUUGGUGCCAUAACUACAGCGAAUGACACGAAUCAACAUGUUUCUUUGUUCGGCACACAUUUUCCUUCUGAUAGAAAUAGCGACAUUUCUGUUCCCGGACAGAAUUUUGGUCAAACUAAGGAGUCUUUCCUAGAAAGUCAUGUAGGCGACGUCAGCGAAACUCAGGCAAGGGUUUCUGGGGCUUCUUUGAGUAGUGUUCACGCAACAGGUGUGGAAGAGAAUCGCAAUCGAAUCGAGAUCAGCGAUGGCAUAGUAGCCCUUUCAUCACAGUCUAAACCUCAUAGCGAUUUGUUGCUUGCUUCGAAAUCCCCAAAACCGACGGCAGGUCGUCCACCAAAGGCACCAGUACCAUCCACUGCUUCCGGGGUGCUGAUUUCAAACCCUUUCCCUACAGUCUCUAACAGCAGUCGCUUGCGUUGCUCAUCUCCAACACCUACCACUGACUACGCUGAUAUCGAGCUCAAGCAGAAUGAACUUCGUCAUGCAGUUGAGUGUCGUAUUAAAUCAUUGGAGCAGACUCUAGCUAUCCGUGAGGAGGAACUGCUUCAUUUAUACUCACAGUUGCGUAAAAUGGAGGAGGAUUAUCAGUUUAACUAUAAUCUUAUCGUCGAACGAGAUGAGGCCCUGGAGGAGAGCUCGCAGCAGCUGCAGCGCCUCUACCGAGAGUUGAAGCGGGUCACCGCUGAGGCAGAUACGACGGAGCGGAAGCUGCAUGUGGCGGAAAACGAAAUAUCUGAAAUGAGGCAACGGGUACGGGAUGUUGAGGCAGACCGGGAGGUCACUUUGCGGCGGGUUCAAAAAGAAUAUUUGAUUAAGGAGCAACACGUUCACGAGGUCUUCAAAGAGAAGGAGGCGGCACUAGAAGAAGAGCGCCAGCGGGUUCACGAACACUUCAUGCAACAAGCAAGGGAAAUCGAGGAGAGCCGUCAUAAUAUGGAGGGCUACACAGCAAGUGUUACCUCAGAGUGGGCGCAGCGUCACAAGCAGGCCAUGGAGCGUCUCCAAGCAGAGCUAGAAAAGUCUCAGAAAAAGUUGCAGUCCGUCGUGGAGGAAAAUGGUGUGUUGACAGACCGCGCCAGACGCGCGGAGGAGGAGGCUUUGCUUCUUCGGGAGCAGCUUGACCUCCAGCUGCAGCGCCAUAACGCGUCCAUGGACGAAGUCUUGCAGGAAAACUCUAGGCUGGAAAGUCAGUUGUCUCAGUCAAACCUGCUGCUAAACAAAGGCUUGGCUACAGCUGAGAACACCAUUCGUGAGGAGGCACAAAAAAACAGUCGCCUGGAGCUAGAAAAGACUAAUUUGCAAACAAAACUGACUGAGGCUCAAGAGCGCAUUCAGCAGUUGCUUUCUCAAAGACAAGAGGAGGUUUCCCAGUAUUUAGAGGAGCGUCACGGGCUUCAGUCGAACUACCAGAACGCGCAGAGGGAAAUGGAGGUGGCCCAGGAAAGAUGGCGUGAGGCGGAGCGGCGACUGCAGGCUAUUCUGGCAUCCCAAAAGGAUGAACUGGAUCGUUCCGUGCGAGAAAAGCAAGAAUUUGAACGACUGCAACAAUCCAUGCAACAACAGUUGCGUGAGAAGGAGAGGGAGGUUGCAGAACAGGAACAAGAGCUGGCUCGACUAGCGGAUCAGGUGGAGCGCUGGAAGGCCGCGGAAUCUGCUACUGCAGCUAAAGAUCGACAGGAAGUUGCAGAGCUCCAGGAAAAGUUGCUGAACCUGGAGCGAGCAUUGCAGGCAGCCCGGGGUGAGUCAGAGGUCAGCAAACGCAACAUAUUGAACGUCCAAGAGCGUAGUCAGGAGGAGGUCGCACGAUUAACACGGGAGUUGCACGCGAGCGAGGCGGCACGACAUGCCCUUGAGGAUCAGUUCCAUCGUACUCAGGAUCAAAAUGCACAGGGGGUGCUCAUCAAUUCGCUGCGCUACGAAAAAGAGAUGCUUGAAAAACGUAUUUUAGAUCUAGAGCGCACCAAUUCUGAGAUACGCGAGCAGGUAGCCAACUUUACCUUAGAGCUUCAGAAUGACCCGGUCAUGAAGUCAGCCAGGGAGAUGCAUCGCCGUGUAGACCAGCUACAGCAAGAUUUGCUAGAGUCCCGUGAUUCUAACCAGCGCCUGCAGGACGCACUCAAAGAAAAAGAAGAGGAGCUGGCUCGCUACCAAGUGGAUAUCUUGCGUGCUCAGAUUUUACUGUCCAACGGAGCAAGCUCUCCAGAUAACCCAGAGGUAUUAGACAACGGCUUCUCAGGAUCUUUGAUGCAGCAUCAGUGUGAAUGGUCCAACCCCCACACGCGAUUAGAUAGCAAGGAUCGUGGUCGUAGACAUAACAGAUCCACUCGACGCCACAAGGGCCACCUUGGCGCAUCUUCAAGAAGUAAAAGUAGUGUCAGUAGUGCUAGCGACGCAAUUCGGUCGAACGGAUCAUUGGAAAAGCAAAAUUUGCGUUCUAAAGGAGAGCGAGGUUCCCCUAGAAGAAGUAGUAGGAGCAGAGGCAACACCCAACAUGCUGUUGUUUCUUCAUCGCCGGCUUUCUUGCCACUGGAGAAUGCGAUGAAUCCCGAUCGUUUAAUAUCUGGUGAAGUACUGCUUAAGGAAGCGGAGGUGUGGCGACAUAAAUACUACCAACUCGAGCAGCAUCUGCGGAAGGUACUUCUUGAUCGAGACCGCUUAUCUCAGGAGCUUCAGCUUGCCAAACAGGAUGUUUCAGCAUUGUCUGCUGAGAAGCAAUCCUUGCUUGAUCUCAACUCCUUGCUCAAGGCUCAACUGAGGGAGGCAUACCGGACUGCCUACGAAGUCAAUACUGUUGCCAAGGGCACUUUGCCUUCACCAAUUCAUCCACAGCUUCAGCUAAGUUUGCCUGAGCAACAGGACACAAUGGCAUCGCCGCCGGGUCAGAUUCCUGCAGCUGCUUCCGCACCGUUUCAUAAGCAACGAGAUAAUAAGAAAAGUAGUGACUUUUUAGACGGGAAUCGUGUCCAAACAACGAGCUCCAGAGAAGAAAAUUCACGUUAUGUGACCAUAGAAAGUAUAGCCACAGAGGCUAAAGGACACGGUAACAGUGCUGGUAGGAUUCCCGAAAAUCACUUUGAUGAAGCAGUCAUCGUUCCUGCUUCUUCACCCGCUGUUGGGGCACCUUCCGACCACCAUCAACGGGAGCGCCUUAAAGUUCUUGAGGAAGAGAUACGCUUUGUUAAGAAUCAAAUCGCUAACACUGUGCAUCAAAAUCAACAAUCUCGACAGCAGUCCGCAACGACGCGUAAUGCUCGCCGGGGCCAUGGAUCGGAGGAGGGUGCAUCAGUGGUUCGCAAAGGCGGUCAGGCUGUGCGGCACUACGGACAUCAUUGA